GGAGGCACCUCCCGGCGCCCGGCGGGGGCUGCGCGGAGAAAGGUGCAGAGCGGCUCUGCCUCUCGGUGCCGUCCCGGCUAAACUCCGGCUCCCAGUUACUCCCCCCUGACCAAACUGGCGGGUUGGGCUGCCUCAUGGCACCGUUCCCUUAAAGGGGCCAUGCGAGAGGGAGUUUGUGCGCGAGUGUGUUGCACACACGCUCCCGCUGCCGAGCGCCGCGAAGAGCUUUGCAGCCGCGGCGCCGACAACCCGACCUCCGCUUGCAAAUCCGCCUCGGCGGGGAGAAAACCGCUUGGCAUGUAGGAGAGAGAAGAGGGAAAAAGCGGGCAUGGGGAACCAGGUGGAGAAGCUGACCCAUCUGAACUACAAGGAAGUUCCCACAGCCGACCCGACAGGUAUGGACAGAGAUGAAGGGCCCAGGAUCGGAGUCUCCUACAUAUUUUCGAAUGAUGACGAUGAGCUGGAACAGCAGCAGGAUUCGGUGCACGACCUGGGGAGUGAGCACCCUACCCUGCAGCCCUACGAUCCCCAGCUGCAUGAGGUGGAGUGCUCAGUUUAUUACCGGGAUGAGUGUAUUUACCAGAAGAGCUUUUCUGAGGAGGACACAAUGCCAGAGGAGGGCGAUGAAGGAGGUGGGGGGCAUCUGAGCACCUACACCCCGGAGAACUUGCUGAAUAGGUGCAAACCAGGUGACCUGGUGGAGUUUGUGUGCCAGGCCCAGUAUCCGCACUGGGUGGUCUAUGUUGGAGAUUUUCAAGUCGUGCACCUGCAUAGGCUGGAGGUGGUGAACAGCUUCCUCACUGACGCCAGCCAGGGCAGACGGGGCCGCAUUGCCAAUCGGCUGUACCGCUACAAACCCCUCAGCCCGGCCGUGGUGGUGCGCAAUGCCCUGGACCAGGUGGGUUGCAGGGACCGGGACUUGAGCUGGAGAAACUCUGAGUGUUUCGCUGCCUGGUGCCGGUACGGCAAGCGGGAGUUUAAAAUUGGCGGGGAGCUACGCAUAGGCAAGCAGCCCUACCGAUUGCAGAUUCGGCUGGGUGACAAGCGCAGCCACACGUUGGAGUUUCAGAGCCUGGAGGAUCUGAUUAUGGAGAAGAGGAGAAAUGACCAGAUUGGUAGGGCUGCUGUGAUCCAGGAGCUCUCCAGCCACCUGCAGGCUGCAGAGGAGGAGGAAGAGGAGGAGGAAGACCAUCAUCAUCCAGGUGCUCGGACUGCUGUGGAGUAGCAGCCUCAGCACCACCAUGCUGCUUAACCUGGGUGAUGGGGAUUAAAACUGAAGGCUGCGAAAUUGAGCUGUUAUAAGCCCUUUGGGCCGCUUCGGUGCAGCUCCAUUCCAAUCACAUGUGAAAGGAAGGGGGAAAGCUGAUUAAGUGUCCGUGUUUUAGUGUUUAACUCCUUCAGUGCUUGAUGAUAAAACCACUGACUUAUUUGUAGAGGAUAAAACUCAGGGCAAUUUUACCCAUCUCCACUCCCACCUCUUUUGCUUCCUCUCUGGCCUCUUCAUGCAUAGUCUUAACCAUCUGCUAGUAGGCCUGACCCUACAAGAUGCUAAAUGCCUUUGGCAUCUACUUAUCAGCUGAAGUAAAGAGUAUUUAAUACUAUUAAGAAGGAGCCAACAACUUUCAGGACAUGGUUACAUAGCUCUGACUGUCUGAUUAGUUUGGUAGCUGAGAAGUGUAAGGAUAUUGUUUUCCCUUCUCUGCCCUUGUUUCUCUUCAGUUGUGGUUCCUGUUGGUAUUGCGACAAGCUGCUUGCUUGCCUGGUGCAAGUCUUCAUGGAUUGAUAGCCAGCUCCCCGGGUGGUGUAAGGGAAAAAUCUCUGCUAAUUUUAAUGAGAUGGAUUUGAAGUGUUUGGUGCCUCCUUAAUUCAUAGGAACUUGCAGGUGGGUUGGGCUCCUUUGCUAUCAGUGUGUGUCUUUGAGGACAGAAGAUGUAUUUUUGCUGACCAGUCCCAGGGGAGGAAGAAGUUUGCAACCCUGAUUAAGGCAUCUGCACAUUGGUGGGUGGUGGGCCUCUUACCCGCAGACACCAAGCUAUUCCAGUACUUGUUACAUGCUGCUUCCCCUAAAGCAAAUGGCAGAGGUGAUUACAUCUGUGUUACACAUCAAGGGAGCAGAAGCAGGUUGCUCAUGUGCAAGAGCACAUCAUGAGUAAGCUGUCCCUCGAGAGGGUGGCCUCUUGUCUGUGUGCUCCGAGCCUGUCACAGGUUCUGCACCACAGUAAACACGGCUGUGAUGGGAAGCGAUGGGAGGGAGCACAGGCUGGAAGGGAUCACAGGCAGGGGGAUUUGGGUGUUCCUUUUUUCCUUCCUUACCACAAAGCAAUUUCCUCUUCAUUAAAGAUUUUGUAUUUCCUUUUUUUUUUUUUCUAAUUUUUAUGAUAUGCAGCUGAGCUGUAGCACUAGAGAAAAGGAGAGGACAUGCCUCCAAAGUUGUUGUGCAAGUCCCUCUUUAAACAGGAGAGGACAGGGAGUGCAGUGCUGCCUGCCUUGAAUAUUCCCUGAACUUUUUAUCAGCUGUUGAACUGGUCUCCCACACAGGCAGCACAGUCAGAUCUUUGUCCUGGGAUCUGAAGUGUGUGAGCAAACACUGAUUUGGAGGCAGUUUCUAAUGCAAAAUUCAUUCCCCUUAAAGCACAAUAGUGAUGAGGUGAACUUGAAGAUAAGCUUGAGUUCAUUUAAAUAAUGGAAACUGAGCGUGUGAUGUAAACUUGAAGCAUAGUUAAUAUUGUCUUCCCUGCAGUUGUUUACAGUUACACCACAAAUAGCAAAGUACUUUGUGUCCUUUCCACCCCUGGGACUGGAGCAAAGUUUGUCAUUUAGGAACAGGUAGAUACCAGCUUUUGAUUAAUUCAGACUAUUCAAAGCAACUUUGCCAGUGUAAUCCAAAUAGAUUGUGGUGUUAUGUUUGCUGCCUAAAAUACACAAGCUAUGAAAAAGCUCUGAAAGAGCCACUUCAUCCUGGCUUCAGGAGGGAAAAAUAACUUUUAGGGUUAUGCAAAUAUACCAUGUACUGUUUCCUUAAUGGCUCCCAUGCUCUCAUUUUGGGCUGUGAGAUACCCAGAUCCAAGGGAGAGUUUAACAUCAAGCUCCCUUAGAAUGCUAUAGCUCAGGUGUCUGCACAAAGUUUCUUUUUUUCUUUUUUUUUUUUUUGUUUCUUUUUUCUCCAAUAUGCAAUUGAGUUAUACUCAAGUUACUGUGGUUGUCAAGCAGAUGUGUGCGACCUUGCUUUGAGAGCAUAACUACCCAUAUCUAACUGUAAUAGGGUCAAGAUGUGGAUGUCUGCACACAGGUCUUAUAGAACUACUAUUAUAGUAACCACUAAAAGCAGAAAUGAUCACUGAAAUAGUAUGAAAAAGAAUGAAGGAGAAUCUCUGUUGUACUGACUGAUGUGAGACAACUGAGAUUAUCUAGACCAUAAGUAAAUGACUGGCUGUGGUUUCUUUCAUACUGAGACCUUGUACAUAACAAAGUUUAUUUCACUAUGUAAUAUAGGUAUGUAAAAUAAUAUUUUCUUACAGAUAUUUUUGAAAGUUAAAAAAAAAAAAUCCCUUCAUAACCUUGCAUUUGAAAGUAAGUUGUUAUGCACAUUAUUUUCCAGUCCUCUGAAUGGGUUUAUUUUUCAUUAGUGAUCUAAAGUAUAUUCUAGGUCAUAAAGUAUAGAAAAUGCUAUAAAUGUCAAAUAUUAUGUAUCUACAGGGUACUAAACAGUAAACUAGUUGUGAAAAUAUUUUUCCCUUGUGUCUGAAACAUCAGAACUGUGACACUUAGCUAUUUCUCUUCUUCUGAGAUACCCUGCGUAGUCUGGCUUUGUUUUCUGAUAUUUUUGUUUUGGUUUUUUUUGUUACAAAAAGGACCAAAUCUGCUUGGGAAUGGAGAGCAAAGCAUCUUUGACCAACUGAAAUCGUGUCUUGUGCUGAUCUUGGUGCUUCUCUGUACUGGUCAUGCCUUUUGGGAUAAAUUCCCACAGGCACAGAGCCUUAGCAAAGAAUCCCAGAGCUUGCACUGCCUUGCUGAGACUUGCCUCGCAGCAAAGCAGGGUCUGGCGUGCGUUCUGCUAUGUUAAACCUAUGUGUUCCUCUGACACCUGGGCUACAGGUGUUCAGUAUUUAAAAGGUAGCUUGCAGGAAAAUUAGAGGAUUCCAGAUAUCUAUGUUUGGGAAUUUAUUCUGUCUUCUGCUAUUCUGUUAUGUGCAAAAGUACAAGAGGGGGCGUAGCCUGGAGGGUUUUUUUAAUUUAGUCUGGAAGAGGGCUACCUCCAUACAGCGAUUUCUUAUUCCAGCAGAUUAAGAUGCAACUGUUAAAUCUUUAACAGGCGGGUCCUUUUCUCCUACCUGUUGAUUAGAUGAUGUUAUUUAAUAGGUGCUGCUAAACACCACUGCAAACAUUUCUAAGCAGUCUGUUUUUAAAGCCAUGGCCCCACAGUGAGCUGGAUGUGAGAACAGGAAUUGCUGUAGCAGCACAUCACAACUGCUUUGUUUCUUGUCUUUGCUGUACUUUACUCAGUUACUCUCAACAGACUAGGCUGGGCUUUGUAGAGCUUGAUUUUAAAAAAGAUCUCCCAGGAAAACAGACUUUUUUUGUGUAGGUGUCUGCUUCAAGACUCUCGUGUAGAUCACUAAAGAGAGGGGAAAAGAACAGAUAUAAGUGCUGUUCUCUGCACCUCUGUCUUGAACAUAUAGAAAUUCUGGUUCAGCAAAGGUCUUAAGCUUAUACCGAAGUCUGAAGUUGUGAGUAGACCCUACCUUGAGCGACUUGAAGAUCAGUAGGACUAUUCAUGUGCUUGAAGUUAACUGUAUAUUUACAUUUCUUUGUGAAUAAGGGCCUGGAAUUUCAAUCGGAGGUCUCUGGUGGAGGAUCUGAGGUUGCAUAAUCACGGGGAGAACAAGUACUGUUGUGGAAGUUGUUUCUCAAAGGGCCUCUUGUCCAAGGCUUGUGGAAUCCAGCCCAAACUUUGGCCUCAGUUUCUCCCUGGAAAUCCAGGAGCCACACUGAUUUGGUGAGAGGCGGGAGGUGUAUUACACAGCAGUUGUAAACUCAGCUGGUAGCUGUGCUGCAGACUGUUCUCUGGUAUCUUUUGUCCGUCUGGUUAUGCUUGAACUUUCUUUUGUGUUUUUAACAUUUGAAGUUAAUAUCAUUUGUUUUAAAAGCCCUUUGAUUGUGCAAACACUUAAUCAUCUGUAUGAAUUCACUCAUUUGGGAAUACCUGCCGCUACUGAUAGGAUGACUGCGGUGAAUAUCAUUAUGCACAUGUUAAUGCUGGUAAGACUAAGCCCCAGAUGUGUAAAUGUAGCUCCAGCUAGUAAAUGUAGAUGAGCUGUCUUAUUUCCCCAGAGUAUUCGCGUAUUUGAUGCAAAUAAUGUCUUGGAAAAUACUUUCUAGCAAAACCAACAAUUAUCACUUGAUUGAGUAAUUUUAAAAACACAGUUUAGACAUUCACCCUCCGUGACAGUGAACAAGGGCAUAAACUGAACACUAUUUGAAGUUAUCCCUGAUUCUGUGUGAAGGCGAAGUAUUGAUUACAGCAACUCUCUAGAGCUCACCUGGCCAACAUAGUAGGCAGUUGCAGGGUAGGCAGGGACUAAAUACCCAAAAGCUAAUUCAAAUAUUGUAUUUUCUUACUUGAAAAGUGUAUUCUUCAGACUGAAGGGCCCUAGACUAAGAAAGCAAACUUUCAAUUGUUUAGUAUAAAUGAAACCCUAGGCAAACUUUUUAAGUUGUUCAUUUAAAUUCAACAUUCCAUGCUCAGCACUAAAAUAGGUAGUAUUAUGUGAUGACUAUAUUUCAGAUUUUUAAUGUAACGGUAGUUUUCUUUUUCUCUUCUCCUUUGGUGAAGCUUUACCAAAGGCCUGUCCUUGGGUGUGUGCAGUGUGUUGUCCAGUGGUUUCCCACCUGUGCUUUUCAGACAUUUAACAGCACCAACCAUAAGUCUAACAGCCAUGUAGGAACAAAUAUUUUUUUGAAAGCAAAAUUAUAAUUUUAUAUAACAGAUCAGAAACUAGUAACUAAGUAGAGGUAGGAAAUACAUUGUUUCCAACAGCAGUUUCUAUUUGUAAGAAAUCUACUGUUAAUUAUAUGUUGACUACUCUUUUAAAUCAGUGUGCAGUGGUAAGGCCAGAUGUAUUGUAUGAUGGGCUUAGACUUUCAGAUGAUAAUUUUUUAAAUUUUUUUUUAAAGUGUGGAUAGGAAGAAAGGGUGACUUCAGACACUGGUGGUUUAGAUGGUUCUUUUACAUGAAUAUUGAAUUAGUAGCUUUUUCUAAAUGCACACUCAAUUCUUGACAUUGUAACACUUCAUGGAAUCAUCCACAAUAACAAGUGUAAUCACAAAAUAUGAUUUAUUUUUUUCCACCACAAGUGUUUUCUGUAAGCUGUCUUUUGUCAGUAAAUGUUGAAUUGUUAGUGCAAAUAUCUUCUUUUCCUGAGAAAGAAGUACAGAUCAUUGAUUGUACCAUUUCCUUCAAAAUGAAGGGCAUUGCAUAGUAACUAAAAAAGAAAUAAAAGAUUUAUAGUAUCUUUUACAA